GAGGGGAACUGGGAAGGGAAGGGAGCGGAAGAGAGGUGGGUGACCGCCGCUCCUCCGUCCAGCCUUCCAGUUCCAGGCGUGGCGAACUAGGCAAGCGGCAAGCUCACCGCUCCUCGAGUGAGGCCCAGGUUCCGUCGCCGCCGUACUCAGCAGCGGAUACCGGCGAGUCAACAGGUAGUAGAGGGGGAAGGAGGGGAGCAGUUCCUGUUCGCCCGGUCACCGCGCGGCCGGAGCAAUCCCGCUGGUGCGUCCGCCUCAGUUUGCCGUCACCCUGUUGCACGUACGGCUAGGGUUUGGAGAUAGAUCCGCCCGCCAGCUCGUGUGGAGGCGCGCCGUGGUGCGGGGAGGAAUAGAGGAAGCGCGGUUUUGGUUCCUUGCUCCUGAAGCUUCAGGGCGUGCGAACCGGUUCGGUCGCAAUGUCGGGCUCGUCGGCGGCAGGGGAGGACAUAGUGCAGCACCUAUCGUCCAAUUCUAACCCGUCUUCGUCGAAGCUCGCGAAGCUCGAGGCACGCAUGGCCGGCAAGGCUGUCUCCGCGCCAUCGUCACCGCCACACCAUCCCAUGGCUGCCCCCGCCUCCGCACCUGCCAUAUCCUUCAUGGACCAGGAGGAGCUGCCUGAGACUUCCUCUUCCGAUGACGAUAACUGUGAGGAGUUUUUGAUACAAAAGAAUACCCUGAAGCGUCCGAGAUCUCCAGAUGGUGACAACAUCUCUGCUCUUGGAAAUUUUGAGGGUUCAUCAAACGAGGCAGCAAAGAUUUUAGAUGUCACGGAUACAAGACCAUCCCUGGACAAUUCAAAUAGGAAAAAACAAGGCCGUGGAAGGGGUCGUGCUGGUACAGGCCGAGGCCGUGGCUCAAAGACUGUUGAUCAACCACGACUGACUUUGAUUUCCUCAGCAGUUGUAACAAAUGGUCAACUAGAUAAAUUAACCAACAAGGAACCCCAAUCGAGUGUUCAACUGGGCCAUGACGACAGGGCUGCUUUACAGGAAGAAUUGUCAAUGUUACAUGGCAAAGUUGCAUUUUUGGAGGAGGAACUUUCUAAAUCGCGUCAAGACGCAACAAAUUACCAUCAACUGAGUGAUAGGGUAGCAAAGGAAUUGAAGGAUCUCAAAGAUCAUGACCAACAAAUGAGAUCUAAGCAAAUGAAGGUGCUGUCUGAUCUGCUGAUAGCUGUGUCGAAAGCAGAGAGGCAAGAAGCGCGGAUGAGGAUAAGGCAGGAAUCUUUCAGACUUGGGAAUGUUGGUGUUAUGAGAGCUGGAACUAUCAUAUCUGAAAUUUGGGAAGACGGACAGGCAAUAAAAGAUCUUAAUUCUCACCUGAAAUCUUUACUGGAAACUAAGGAGACUAUUGAAAGGCAUCGUAAAUCACUUAAGAAAAGACAAUCUGACAAGGGUGAUGGCAGUGACGCUGAGACUAGCAUGUCCGAGGAGGACAUUGUCUUACAGGACGAAAUAUGUAAAUCUCGUCUAACCAGUAUCAAACGGGAGGAAGAACAGUAUAUGAGAGAGAGAGAUCGGUAUGAGUUGGAAAAGGGGAGGCUUAUACGAGAGAUGAAGCGUCUCAGAGAUGAAGAUGGCUCACGCUUUAACAACUUCCAAAUUCUUCACCAUCGUUAUGCUCUGUUAAAUCUUCUUGGAAAGGGAGGGUUUAGUGAGGUUUACAAGGCUUUUGAUUUGGUGGAGUACAAGUAUGUGGCAUGCAAGCUUCAUGGAUUGAACGCUCAAUGGAGUGAGGAGAAAAAACAGAGCUACAUACGUCAUGCGAUUCGUGAAUAUAACAUUCACAAAACUUUGGUGCAUCCAAACAUUGUCAGGCUAUGGGAUAUAUUUGAGAUUGAUCACAAUACAUUCUGCACCGUCCUAGAAUAUUGCAGUGGCAAGGAUCUUGAUGCAGUCCUUAAAGCCACACCAAUUCUUCCAGAAAAAGAAGCAAGAAUCAUAAUUGUUCAAAUAUUUCAGGGCCUGGUUUAUCUAAACAAGAGGGGCCAAAAGAUCAUUCACUACGAUCUAAAACCUGGCAAUGUUCUCUUUGAUGAGGUUGGUGUUGCAAAAGUUACAGACUUUGGCCUCAGCAAGAUUGUGGAGGAUGAUGUUGGGUCUCAGGGAAUGGAACUCACUUCUCAGGGAGCUGGAACCUAUUGGUAUCUUCCUCCAGAAUGCUUUGACCUUAGCAAAACACCAUUUAUUUCAUCUAAGGUGGAUGUUUGGUCAGCUGGUGUAAUGUUUUACCAAAUGCUUUAUGGAAGGCGUCCUUUUGGUCAUGAUCAGACUCAGGAGAGAAUACUUCGGGAAGAUACAAUUAUCAAUGCACGAAGAGUGGAGUUCCCCUCAAAGCCAGCUGUAUCGAAUGAGGCGAAGGAUCUGAUACGCCGGUGCUUGACAUACAACCAAUCAGAGAGGCCAGAUGUACUAACCAUAACUCAAGAUCAUUAUCUCUCGUAUGCAAAGAAGUAGCCACUACCCCGGAGAACAUUUUGGCGAUGGUAUCUGUUCAGGCAUUGAGAUUAUGGAUGGGGAUGGAUAAUCUCGUGGAAGAGCUAAGUAUUAAACAAGCUCAAGAAGACCACAAAGGGUGUAUAAUUGUAAAUUUUAGUCUGCCCUAUUACGGCAAUGACCUGAAAUCCAGAAGGCAUCAGUUCAAAGGCCAGCUUCUUUUGUAACAUAGAGAAAACAUGCAUUAACGGGCCCAUUUACCCUUUGACUGAGAUCUCCUUGACUCGCUUGUGG